GGCAACUGGGCGUCGAGGCGAAGUUAGGUUGACGAAUGGCAACCAACAGAGGAGUACGAGUUAAAAAUUGGAUUAUUUGAUCAUCUGACUGGCUUUAACGUUACAUGAACGGACGCGGAGCACGUUAAAAGGAACCCGCUGAUGAUCCUGCUGAUUUCGGAGGCCGCCGUUUCUUUUCGAUGUGCUUCGGGGAGACCCCCGCGUACCGCGCAUAGGUCGCGCGACACAUUAGCCGCGGCGUGCUGAAACCGAGUUCAAGAAAUCACAAGUUGCACGCGCGAGAGGAAGACCCUUCUAGGUGAUUGUUACCGCCCGCCGAGACAUUUGGGCGCUCGGAUAUCCGAAUAUGACGUAGUUGGCGUUUUUUGACACAUUUGUUGACUCAAGUGCAGUUACAUCUGAUGAAAGAGGCCCUAAAGUACCUGGCGAAAUAAUAAUUAAUUCACAUUUAUGCCUGGCAGCCACUGCAGGUUUGACAGAGUGAGGGGAUUCAAGACAUUUGUCACUAGAUUGAUUUCUGUGUGAUUGCGCCUUUUUCGGUUUCUCAAGACAAGCGAGCUAUUUGAGAAACUUACCGUCCACGUCUCACAUUUUUAUUUUUGUCAUAAUUUAUUUUAAUUAUUAUCAGUGGUCGGGAUUAAUUUAUGGCGUUUUAUAGUGGAAGUUGCUCCUCUCUCUUGAAUUUAGUGUCUCGUGGAGUUGCUGUCUUUUACGUUUGAUUGGAUGUGAUGAAAAUGCCUGGUACACCUUAAGCACCAAAGAGGAUGGACUUUGUAGUAUUUCGGCUACUAGUUUAAUUCUUCUUCAAAAGAGCAAACUGGAUGUUUGAGUCUUGUUUGAGAGAGACUGUCUUAUUUAUUCGUAAUAACAUUAAUUACGCUUGCCACUUAAAUAUCCAUAUUUGCUGUGAAUCUUCAACCCAUGGUAAAACUUCUUAGACACAUCUCAGAGCAUCUCUGAUUGCAAAAACGUCUCAAUGUCGGUGGAUGAAGCGCUGUCAAAAAGUUCUGCUUUUUACACAUGUGAGGAACGAUUUUAAGCUGCACUAAAAGUAGAAGCGUCUUGAGAAAGAAACCUGGUCAAAAUGGCAAGUGAAUGCACCUACAGUGCUCAGUACGACGCUGAUGACACCUUUCGCAGCACUGAACGCGCGGGGUAUGUGAACGGCGGCCGCGCGUCUUCUGCCUUCUUCGAGGUCAUCGGCGGCUCUCUUUACCGCAGAAAGUUGGAGAAGGGUUUCGUCCAGUACCGGGAGGUGCUGGCUGAGGAUAAGCGACUCCAGUCCAUAGCCACCUUCCACGAGAAAGGACCAUGCAAGUCGCACCACACCCUGGAGGACACAUACAGACUGGUGGCUGAACACUAUUGGUGGGAAGGAAUGUAUUUUCAAGUCAGAGACUAUGUCUUUGGCUGUGAGGAAUGUCAACGCAGUCAGUCUGAGAGAUCAGUGUGUUCUGAUGUGGAACUUAUCACCAGGAUUGUGGAAUCACAUAGUCCUCAGGUUUUAAGUAAGCUCAAUAGCCAACGGGAAGCAGGGCUCUUCUGUGAUAUCACACUGAAAACUGGUGGUGGCCAGUCUUUCGUCGCCCACAAAGCAGUCCUUGCAGCAGUGAGCGAGUACUUCCAGGAGUUAUUUACUGAAAUGGACUCAACUACUGAUCCCCAGUCACAUGUUGACCUCACAGGCUUCAGUGAGCAGAGUUUGCUUGCUUUACUUGAGUUCUCAUACACCUCCACCCUCAAUCUGAAUUUGGACAUCUUGACAGAGGUUUGUGCCAUGGCCCGCCAUUUACGCAUGUGGCCUGCCCUUGAGGCUUGCUCUGCCAUCAAAAGGGAGCGAGAGCUUUGUCAGUUAAGUUCCAGAAUGCACAAUUCUCCUGUGGAACCAAAUAGUUCAGGGUCUGGGCCUUUCAGACGAGACCAGUCCUCAAAUUCAGAAGGGAAAGUGGGAGUCAAGAGGAGAAGAGUGGAUGAGGAAGGAGAAGGCUCUGGGUCUUCCUGGAACAUUCAAGCAAAGCACAGAGAGCACAAUGUUGAUAAGCUCACAGAUGAAUCUGAAACAGAAACCUCAAACCCUCAGUUGCAAUGCCAAGUCCCCUCCAGUUUUCAGGUGGAGGAAAAUUGCUUUCCAUGCAGCCCAAAUCGCAGAAUGAAGCUCAUGGACUUCAAAUCCCCAUCCUGCAAGAAAAAAUUGUCCUCCCGUCCCACGUCUUCAAUCAUCUCAACAUCUCCUUGCACCUCUACUCGUUCUUCCUCUCCAUCACGCCGUCUGCUUCGUUCUUCACCUGGCGCUGCACUUGCUUUGCGCAGACUCCUGCCCAAAAUUGACCUUUCCACCAAGAGAAAGAGGAAGUCCUCUUCCUACCGGUCACACAAGCCCCAGUGUGAAUUCUCAGUGACUCCGUUCCAAUCUCAGGCAAAUUCUUUGACCCGUGUUACCUCAGUAAAGGUAAAGGACGAGGAUGUGGAGGAGGAGGUAUCUAACACCGUCCCUCAGGAUGAGGUGCAAAGCCCACGUGCUCAGGAGAAAUACCGUCUUCUUAGCUUCCUUGGCUUGCAGAGGAAAUCCCUGGUGCCUGGUCCAGAGGAACUGUCCGGCUGGGGGCAGAAAAAACGACUUAGGAAGUUAAAAGUCAGUGAUUAUUCACUAACAGCCCGACGUAAACCUCGUGCACAGGAUGUCCCAUUGAGUUUCGGAACUAGUUUAGGGGUGCUUGCUGCCGUUAAUCCCACUCUGUCCCUCUGUGACAUGAGCAGAAUGGACUUGCUAAACAGACCAGUGAAAGUAGAAACUUGGAACCAAGAAAGGUCCAAAAGGAAAAGACAUGAUCCUGCAGGGCAAGCUGGGCUGCCAAUUGCAAGAGCUACUCGAAGUAGGUCAUUGCUGCAGAAAGAGUCCAGUGCAACGCAUCGACCACUCAGAAGCAACAACAGAAAUGAAGAUAAAGCACCUUCCCAUCCUGCACGAAGAGGUAGAGUACCAGCACACAAUGCCGCUUCCCCUUCAAAAAGCACUAUGCUCAGGAUAAAACAGGAAUCUUCAGAAAGUGCCAUCCUGCAACCUAUUCAUCGUCGCAAUACUGCCUACAACCCCCAGGGAACUUCACCUAAAUCAACAGGACGUAGGGGUCGCCCACCAGCAGAUCGCACAGUAAGGGUAGCUACAACAAAGUUGCAGCACACAAAGCGACACAAACCUGGACGCCCCCAAAUAGACAAACCUAAGAGCUUAAAACAAAUAGAAAGCAAAACAAAAUGCAACCAUGCUACAAGAAUGCCACAUGCAAAGCACAGCAGAACUGAAAGAGGAACACAGGUGAAGGAAAACAGAAAAAUUAAGGAACGCAGUAACAGAAAAGAGAGUCCUGAAGUUCCAUAUGCCAUUGUGAACUGGGAUACUUCCAACCAUCAGCAACUUCACAGCCAUCCCCUUUACAAAUCUAUAAAGGAAGAGCCAGCUGACCCUUUGCCCCUUACCCAGCCAUUUCCAAUCAGCGACUCCUCGGACCUGGGCAAGCGUCAGAGCAAACCACCCAUCAAACUGUUGGAUCAAGGCUUCCUUUUUGGCUUCUGUCAGUCACAAAAUGGUAUUAAACGGGAGGAGGAGAACGUGAACAUCUACCUAACUCAUGGAAAUAGUUCCCAUUGCGAUUCAUCACCUGGCAUGGUUAGAAGAGAUCGGGUGAGGGCCAGGAUUAUGCCAGACCGGACCGGUCUAAAUGGGCCUCACUGGGCUGGACUUGGCAACAGGCACUCACCCUUUUCCCAAAGGACUGGUGUCCGAGUUAAGACUGAGAGAGAUGAAACAGGAAUGUAUCAAGGGUCACAGGUUAAACAAGUUUCUAGACUCCCCCAAGUCAGCAAGAGUAGCUGUAAAGUCAAGAAAGAAUCUACAAAGACAAAGAAUGUAAAUAAGCUGCUUCCUCUGAGCAGUCAGCGUUCUGUCCUACUGGAAUCCAUCGGACGGGCACGUCUGAAAAAAAAGAAGGGUCCUCACAGUCAGGCCACCAGUGGACCACACGCUUGCCUGCAGUGCAGAGCCUCCUAUAGGGACUGUGAUGCUCUUAUUAUGCAUCGGAUCAGGCACAUUGAAGGAAAACACUGGCCCUGUCCGUUGUGCAGCAAAACUUUCUUCAGACAGAGGAAUGUGAGGAAUCACAUAAGGACACAUAAUCCCAAGAUCUACAAAUGCCGCCAGUGCAUCGCUGGUAAAAAGCCACAGGAUUAAAUGAAGAGGAGCAAAGCUUUGUUUCUUUAAAUAUUAAUGCUGUAAAUACAAAGGAUCUGUAAUGUAUGACAAUGAGGUUCAAUUUAUUGAUGUAAAUAAUGUUAUGAUGGUUUAAAUUGUCUAUUUCCUCAAAAUAAUUCUUGUUAUUUAAGUAACUAAGCUGAAAUUGCUUUGCAAUUGAUACAGAUAUGUUGAACCAUAACUUGAACCCAUGGUGUAUUUCUCAGGGGGUGGAGCCUGAUGGUUUAAGGUGAUAUAUGUAUAAUGAGAAUUGUGUAGAAUGCUUUAAAUUUGUUACUACUAAUGUUAUUAUUGCAGUUGUUAUUGCUAUUGUUAUUAUGAUUAUUUUUUAUAAAUGACAUAAUCUUGAGUGCACUUAAUGUUCGCUUUGUUUUUAAACCUAAGAAAGAUGCGAUGGACUGGGAUGUACUUGAAUGAUUGUUGGAGUGGAGCCAGUGGACUGCCCUUAAUGUGUGGUUGUCUGGGAGUGUUUUAGAAAACAAUUACAGAAAUUAGUAAUUUUAAAAUGAAGGUUUGUUAAUGGGGUCAGGGUUAUUCUAAAAAUCACAAAAUGGUUAACAUGCAUUGGUGAAAUAUAAUUUUUUGUGUAAACAUUUGACUACAGCUUUUCAAAAUGAGACGGUAACUGUCUUUUUCAAAUAAGGGAAUCCCAAAAUGUCUGUGAUUUAUUUUCCUCCUCCUUGUUUGAUAAUUCCUUGUCUGACUUUUUAUGCAUAUCAUUCUAUAACAUAAAAUGCAAUGGACUUAUAUGAAGUUUAAAUGUUGAGGUGUUUUGUCUGAAAACACAAGUUGAAAAUGUAGAAAGGCCAAAUAGCCAUAUAAAUAAAUUUUGCAUUUUAAAAUUUA